GCAAACCUGCGUGAUAUGUUCUCUCGCACUGACAAGGACAAGAUCCCGCCCGACCUCAAGCUCGCCCUUACACUCCUCAACCUCACCGAUUUAGCCGGCCUGGAAGCGCACUUCCUCGCCACGACUGCCUUCCUCGCGCCAUGGGCGGCGUUCCGCGACUCUUGCCUUCUCGUCAAUAAAUCGCGCGCCGCUGAGCCGAGUGGGAUCACGCGCCUCGACAUCCUCUGGUUCUACACCCAAUUCGACGAGGGUCUGCGCCGCCACGAUCCGCGCACCGAGAAGCCUGUUGCUUACUUCGAGAUUGAUAAGAGUGAGUGGGGUCCUGCAGAGUUCGAGAAGCAUCUGUAUGCCUGGUUGUUGCAAACAUUUUGUGUAGGGAAGACGUACAGUCCGUUUGGCCUUCGGUACUUCGAGCUCCGGAACAUCUGCACCGCUUGGGAAGAGGUGUUCGUUCCCAUCAUCAGGGCUGUGCGCGCUUCGUACAGCGUGAAGGGUAGGAGGCACUAUGGUCGACUGGCGCUGUUCAUCGAGGACAGGUGCCCGAGCCGCCUUGCCUUUCCAGAGGGGAACAUCACCAUGCCUGACGGUGUUGUCACUUCACCGACGCCGUUCCGCAUGGUUUCCAGACCCUCACACCUCCGUGGCGCCAGCCAAACUGUUUUGACGAAGAAGAACUACGACGAAACUGAGAAGGAACUGCGCAACGUAUACCCGCAAUACGGAGGUCUAGUCGAGCGCCCGAGGUUCAAGCAGAAGAUGGAAGAGUGGCUGGAGGAGCAGCGAGUGCGCGCAGCACGCCGAAAGACGAUCGCGAAGUCAGAGACAGUGCAGUAUGUAACCAAAUAUCAACCACAGGUUGUGCAACAGUCAAGGCAUAACGCUCUUGACAGGUCGCUCACCAAGUCGCCGUCGAAGGACAUGCGCAGUCGCAGCCCCAUCAAGCGUUACUCCGACAGCAUUUGUCGAUCGCUUACCUCUGUGCUUCGUGAUGGAAUACGUGUCACUGACUGCACCGCACAGGAGCUAAAGAGUCCCCUCCACGGCGUUACUCGACAUAUUAACAUUCCUGACGAUGUUCCCGAACAGAAGACCCAGCCAUCAAGGGAAGGUUGUGCAAGGCCCUUGCCUGCGCCACGAUUGCCACGCCCAGAGCCGCUCACACACAGGGCAUCUGAGCAACGCGUGUAUAUGACUGAUCGCAGCUCGAGCCCAUCUAAUGGGAGUGUUCUUGAUGGUUUCCUGGGGGAGAUGCAGCGGCAGAGUGCCGACUUCGAGGACGACAUCUGGUCUCCCAUGGGUGCGCUGAGUGCCAUUCCACGUCCGCUGAAGAAAGGCACUAGCAGAUACGACGAACCGAUUCCAGAUGAGUUGCUGCAAGAGAAGAAGUCGUACUCAGAUGCUCGUCAUCCGAGCUACGAAGGCAACGGCUACCAGGAGGAGAUUAGCUUAUCGAACCUCCACGCCAGGAAUUUCAACGCCGGUGGUCGGUCCAUCGAAAGUGACAAGGCUCCGUCAAAGCCACACAGUCGCCUGCCUGCCCCCAUCAGAGUCCCGCCACCAUAUGUCAGUCAGCUGCGCGUUGCAUCGAACGACACGUACCGCAACGACUCUCCACCAAAGCCCAAGGCUGUCCCAUGGCCAGGCAAUUCGCCACCAAAACAAGUUGCAUGGCUAGGUUACCAAAAUUCGCCUUCUGGCCCCUCGAAAGCUACGUCCGCAUUCGCACCGCCUAUCCCUGCAAAGAGUCCUGAGCGCUGGGCCUCGAAGCGAGGUCAGAGAUCCGAGCAGCUGUUAGAUGAGGAGGCGAGCUCCCACGAGAUUAUGCGCAUCGUUUCCAAGGAAAACAUUCGCGCUGCUCUUGGCAACCUGUCGUCGGAGAGCUCGAUGGAGGAUCUGAGAGCUACUCGUACGAAGAAGGCACCGACGCGUGUUGCAAGCCCACCUAGGCUGGAGACGUUUAACACUCAUAUGUUUCCGAGGAAGGAUGUGCGUUCUGAUGGGUCUCCCGGCUGA